AUGAAGUGUGUUUUGCCACGGCCGACAGCACCGGACUACCCAUCUCGACCUUCGAAGGAGGAGCUGCUCGGCCCUAUGGCCCUUGUGGCUCUGCCACCGCUGAAGGCACUGGGUAGCCGCAGGUGUACGUACGAUGAUGCUGAAGCAGUGCAGAAUGCAUUGUUCCAGCGCAAGAUCGAAGUUCCAGUCAAAGUUUUAUCUGAGCAGUUGUAUGUCCGCAUCUCUGCGCACAUCUACAACCACAUUGAGGAAUAUGAGACCCUAAGGGAUGCUGUCCUGGAGCUUCAGCGCAUGGAGACCUUGCUUUCCCUCCUGGAGGGCAAUCUGCAGCCAAAACCUUCGUGCGGCUGGGAGUUGGUGAUUGCCCCGAUCGCGCUAGGCAUCAAGGAAACAGAUGUCUCUCAAGCGUUGACAGCGCAUGGGCGGGUGCGACACGUUAAGAUGACCGAUCCGCCAGUCCGGACCCCAACUUGUGUGUUUUGGACUGCGGAUGCGCCAUCCAAGUCUUCAUGGCACGUGAAGCAGUGCAUAGCAGUGCAGUUUGUAGAGGUGACUGCAAUGCAGCAUGAUCUUUUUUUCGACUUGGGACAGGCGACAGCCAAAUCUGCAUUAGCGCUGGUUGUAUCGCAUCGCACCUGUGUGCCUCUUCAGAUGCAAGCACCUGCUACGAGCCAUGCGGAGUUUUCCAUGUACGUCCUAGUACGUCACUUUAAAGCGCCGCAGUACCAGAGCAUGAAUGAUAUGAAGGAUGCCAAGAAACAGUCAAAGGACCCUUGCUGGCCAGUUGUGGAUGCAGACAAGAUUGCCCACGAGCUGCUAGCAGACACCGAAGGCAUCGUCCACAAGAGGGUCGUCUCGGAGUUUGGGACAAGUGUCCUCAACUCUGCCGGUGUCAUCGACCGAGACAAGCUGGGCAAAAUCAUUUUCUCCGAUCCAGCGAAGCGGAAGAAGCUGGACCAGGCCACGCAUGGAAUCAUCUUGCUGACCAUCCUGCGACAGACAUUAUGGUUCAUGCUGCAAGGCCACCACACCAUCGUCUUGGAUGUGCCCCUGCUGCUGAAGUUCCCAGUCCUGCGGCGCCUGUGUCUCUCUGCAGUCCUUGUGGUGCUGGUGUCGCCAGAAAAGCAGCUGGCACGUCUCAUGGCAAGGAACGCUCUCUCACAGGACGAGGCGCGCAAGAAGGUUUCUGCGCAGAUGUCUGGAGAGAUGCAGCGAAAGCUGGCGGACUAUGUCAUUGAGAACGACGGUCACUCAUGCGAUUAG